AUGAGCUCAAAAGAUUCCCUUCAAUAACCUCUAAUACAAGAAUAAGAAUCUAAAACUAUCAUUUUGGAAGAUCGUUCAGCCACAGAAAUGAAUAUGGAAUAAAUUGUUAAUGAUAGUGCUUUUGAAUGGGGUUCUACAUCACUCUUAGAAGAAAAUAAUUAAGUUAAGGUGAUUCCAUUCGUUGCUAAUGAAACAAUCCUUUAUCGUAGAACACUCGAAAAGAAUAAUAAGAAGUUCAACUUUUUUUAAAGAUGCUUCAAAAGUAAGAAAUCCACAAAUCAGGUUACAAUGGCUUAAAUCAUAGACCUUAGAUAAAAAGAGAUAUUUAAGGAUUAUGCCUAUGAAACCAAAAAGACUGGAUUUCUUACAGGGAUGUCAUCAUAUAUUCAUAAGGUAAAGGUGCUUGAACCUGAUUCUUAGUUCUACAUAUAUUGGUAAGUUCUAAAUAGUAUUUUGGUACUUUGUUUCUUCUUCCAAAUUCCAUUUAUGUUAGCCUACCAACCAUUAAUUGAUGAAAAGUAUGCCUUCCAUUAUAAAUGCUAUGAAGAAGUGUCAUUAUAUAUAGGAAUCUCUAUAUUUGUCGUCGACAUAAUAGGUACUUUCAAUACAGCAUUCUACAAGUAAGGAUAAUUGAUAAGUGGCAGAAAACAGAUUGCCUUUAAUUAUUUCAAGAGCUAUUUCUUUUUAGAUUUAAUUCCUUUAUUAUGUUUGAUAGAAUAUAGAUGUCUAUUGUUUAAUGAGAAAUAAUUGGGAUUCGAACAGUUUUUGUUUAUUUUAAAAGUUUAUGAAGUCAAUAAAACUAGUAAUAUGAUAAAGGAAUAUUUAUAACUUGAACCUUCCAAACUAGCUAGAUAUAGAUUACUUACUGUAAUGUUGACAAUAAUAUGGUUAUGUCAUUUAUUUGCUUGUUUAUUUUUUUUUGUUGGAAGACGAUAGUUAAAUAAACAAUUAGGAAAUGUAUCAUGGUUGAAUCGUUGUGAUGUGGUUACUAUGAAUGGAGGAUAUGAGGAUAUGCCAAUAUCUGAAUUACAUUUAUACUCAUUUUAUUGGGCUGUAACAACAAUGAUAUCAGUAGGAUAUGGUGAUGUUACUCCAAUGAAUUUCUGGGAAGUUUUUGUGACAAUUAUUACUUAAUUUAUCUCUUGUAUUGUUUUUGCUUAUUCAGUCAAUGCUAUAUGGGAAAUGAUUUAUUCAUAGAAUGAAAACAAAUAAAAAUUUCAGUAUAAACCAAUUUAUUUCAUUAUAGAAAAUAUGUGAAUGCUAUUUAAAGAUUUAUGGUAGAACAAAAUGUAGAUAGAAAAUUGAAGGCACGUAUUGAAGCCUAUUUAUUUCAUUUGUGGUAAACUGAAAAGGCCAGAGAUCAUGAAUUAGAAUAAGCAAUGAUUCUUAAAUUGGCACCUGCUUUAAGAGAGGAAUUGAUAUAUCAAACCUUAGGUAAAAUGCUUAAACAGAAUAAUUUCUUCUCCUGUUUCUCAUAAGAUUUGCUUAUGGAAUUGGCAUAAGAAAUUUAGUAACAAUAUUAUUCAUAAGAAGAAAAUAUAUUCAUUGAAAAUGAGGAGACAAAUGACUUCCCUUUAUAUUUUUUAGAUAAAGGAUAGGUUGAAAUCUUUUUGGAUAGUGAUAAAAGAAUCAAACUACAUAUCAUGAAGUAUGGUAUUUUGGGAAUAAUUGGAUUUAUUACUGGACAUAGAAGAAGUGCCUCUGCUCGUUGUUUGACUUAUUCAGUGAUUUGUAAAUUGUCUAGAGUUUCAUUUCUAAAAUUAUUAGAUAAAUAUGAAACUGAUAGAUAAAAAUUUUAUGAAAUAAGACACAAUAUAUUAUUCAAUAACGAUUAUGAGAAUUUGAAAUUACGAUGUUAUAUUUGUGAAAGUAGAAGUCAUUUAGCUAUUAAUUGUAAAAGAACUUUAUAUCUUCCAAUAAAAGAUUAAGUAAUUUAAUCUACUUAUAAUGUUUCAAAUAUUAGAGAAACAAGUUUCAAAAGGAGAAUAGUUAAAUAAUAAUUCAAAGCUUUAUCUCAUAUUCGAGAUGUUUAAGUUAAUGCUUUGGCUAUUAAGAAGUACUUUUAGAUUACAACAUUUAAUUUGGAAUCUAAUGAUGAGGAUGAUGAAUAUAGUUCAGAUGUAGAUGAUUAUGAAGAAGAGAUUGAGAAUAUUAAAAAGAUUGUUGAAUAAGAAAAGGAGAAAGCAUAAUUAAGAUAGAGAGGAUAAUGGUUAGCUGAUGAUAAUUAUGAGAUGAAGAUUGAUGAAAAUAAAGAUACUUAAAGUUUAGAAUUAUCUGAUGGUUUAAGAAAAUCUUUAGUGAAUAUAAAGAAUUCGGAAGAGGAAUAAAAUAAAGUUAAAAAGAAGAAGAAGAAAUUUUAAAGUUUUGUAAAAUUACCUUAACCAAAGAAAGUAAGGACUUCUUCAAUGUCUAGUUUAACUCCAAUUCAAGAAUAAAUUAAGAAGGUUUACAAAGGAUAAAAUAAUAAUUUAUCUCCUAAUACUAUUUAAAUACAAAGAAGAAAAAGUAAAUUAUUUUAAGGGAAUGAAAUUAAUGAUAAAUAAUUUGAUAAAAUUCCAUCUCCUGAGAGACAACCAAAUAAUGAGUAUAAGAAAUAGGAAUUAUUACGAAAAAUGAAAUUUUUAUAGAUAGCUCAACCUAGAAAUAAGGAGGUAUCCUUAAUAAUUGAUGAAUUAAGGUAAUAUUCCCAAUUGUUACUUUAGGAAUUAUAUCACAAAUAGUUAAAGUAAUAAUUAACCUACUAAGAUUGAAAAUGAUGCUAAUGAUAAUUCUGAUGUUGAUAGCUAAUUUAGUAUUGAUUAGAUGGCUAAUUAUGAAUGUUUCUUUUAAGAAGAGAAUCCUGAGAAAGUAAUUAGAAAAUAUAAGAGAAUCUUUAAGGAGAGAGUUAAAUAGAGAAGAACAACUUUAAUUAGAUAUUAGGAUGAGUGA